CCCUGAACACUGAGCGGUUGUAGUUUCUAAGAGGACGGUGUGUGAGGAGUCUUUGUUUCCAGACCUCUGCUCAGAUGAGCGGUCCAUUUCACCGACGGUGUGGAGGAUCAGAGGGAAGCGUACCCCACAGCUCAGCUCGGCUCUUCCAUGGGAGGGGUUCAGUUCUGACGGCUUCAGGGUGACCAGGAGAAAUACAUGAAGAGGCGAGGAGACAACACCGCCAGCACCUCCCUCUCUCCUCCACCAGGGAGCAGCAGUGUGCAGGUCUGUCAUGACCGCCACAACAUGGGCGUUAAAAUGUACCCCAGGAAUGGCCAUGCUCUGGAAAGCAACUCUCACACACACAGAGACCAGCUCAGCAGGCGAGACGACGCAACAUACAAGGUUUCAUCUGCUCCAGAUCUCAUCCCUGAAUCCGGGAAGGAGCAAACAUUCGGCAUGGGAGAGCAGACAUUUCACAGAACCUCUAUGCUGAUCUUAGAUUCAAGCAGUCAAGUGUAUUCAGGGCCAGAGGACAACUCCACAGAGCCGCAUGAGUCCCUGACAGAGUCCUCCACUUUCACCUUUGUGGACGGCUACACUCUGGAGGAGCCGGUGGAGAACCACAGCCCGCAGCAGGGCGUGGGGAGGAUUUACCUGAAGGAGCUUGUGUUGAUAGACGACGACGAAGAUGGGGACAUGUCACUGAGAGAGAAAACAGUGACAGACUUCUCAGUCAGGGAUGGGAAGGCCGCUGAGCUGGUGUGUGGGAGGCUCCUGUCCACCUCCACUGGAUCGCUGUCAGAGUGUAGGGAGGAAGGUGCGAGGGCCGAGGCAGUGCAGGGAAAGAAAACCUGCUGUUCCUGCACCUUACUAUGACUGUUCAGGAGGUUCUGAAACCUAACUUAGGUUAUUUACAUACAGAUCCUCGCAAAAGUUUUCAUACUUGUUAAACCUUUCAGGAUUUCUUACAUUCCAACUAGGGAUGCCCUGAUAUGAAAAUUGGGCCCAUAGCAAUAUCCGAUAUUAACACUGCUGUUCGUGUUGAUGACUGAUAUUAUAUAUAUUAUGUGUAUUCCCCUGCCCUCUCAACGUCACAAAGAGACAACCACACCGUUGAUGUUGAUUCAGUUAAACACCCUACGACUAUCACAUGCCCAUCAAAACCACAUGGCUAACACCCUCCCCACAUCCAUCCCAAACGUUUCCCUUUUCACUGCAGUUUCAGCUGCAAGCCAAAGUUCCUUGCAAAAUUGCUCAAACCCAGAGAGACUGAAUGGAGAUCUUUGUGAACAUCCGUUUUGAAGUCUUGUGACAGAAUCUCAAAUGAAUUCAGGUUUAGGCUUUGACUAGGCCAUUCAGACACAGGAAUAGGUUUUGAUUUAAACCAUAUAUAGCCCUAGCUGAAUGUGUUAGAUUGUUGCCAUGUAAGGAGGUGAUCCUCCAGGUUUGUCUCCAGUCUUGUAUACAGAUAACAAAAAGAAAGUGUCGCUAUUGCAUGAUGCUGCCACCGCUAUGCUUUGUGGUAGUGGGUUGGGUGAUUUGCAGUGUUGAUUUUUCACAUAUAAUGUAUACAUUUCAUUCUUUGUAAAGCUUUAGUUUGCAUGAAAAACUUUAACUCCCACCUAUAAAAAAAAAAAAAAAUCUGCCAUUCUAAAGAGAAAAAAUGUUGUCAGCAGGAUCAUCCUAUUGGUUUAUUUCCUUUAUUGCUUCAAGAUCAUGUUAACCUUUCUUUGGUGCAUUUGUUCAUAAUAGUUAAACUGACACAAUAGGCUAUUUGAGAUACUUUUCUUUUCAAAAUUCACCUCCCCUGCAGAAUAUCAUUUAUUUAUAAUUUCUUUGAAGAAAGUUGUACUUUCUUUUUGAAGUUUUGCACAUUUGACCCUAUGGUUGACCAGCUGACCAUCACUGCAGACUCUCGUGAUUCUGCCGGAAAGCGUUUUGUACCGAAUUCAAGAUCAGAGAUGAGUAGAUUGUAAAAUCCUGCUGCAUGCCUCUUUGAAGAUGGUUUGGUUUGGAUUUCCGUUGACAGAAUCUAAGUUUAAGAAGACCAGUCUAGAGGUGAGCAAAUACUCCUCCAAACUUUGUGAAAAUAUUUUUUAUACCAAACCAAAUGCGUGGUUUUAUAAGAUGUGAUCGUAGUGAAGAUUUUGUGAAAACUGCACAGAAAGUCAUAAACAAAUGGGUGCUAAAAAUCAAAUAAAUAAAACUUUCUACACUUUU